CGUUUUCGUAGACACCGUAACAUGUCCCAAAUCGGGCUGUUUUGUGGCUUGUUGUGCUGUUGGCUGGCGGCGGAGGCCAGAGUUUCGAGGCAGACCUGUCCAGAGGUCUGCGAUACCUCCACGUGUCCUCCCGCUCCCCGGAAUUGCUCCUUCGGGGAAGCCAAGGACUCGUGCGACUGCUGCAGUUUCUGCGCUGCGGGCGAAGGCGAUUUCUGCGGCGGUUGGGAUGACCACCACGGCAUCUGCGGGGAAUCCUUCCGGUGCCUCUACCCCAACGGGAACCGCAGGAAGGGGACCUGCGGUUGCGUGCACGGCGACCAGGUGUGCGGGAGCGACGGCCAAACCUACAAGAACAUCUGCACGUUGAAGGCGAUGAGCAAAAAGCAGCAGGAGGCAAAUAUUCCGCCCGUGAUUCUGAUCCAGAAGGGACCUUGUGAUUCAGAUCACCAGCAUCCAGACAGUAUGAGGUUCAAGUACAACUUCAUUGCAGACGUGGUGGACAAAAUAGCGCCGGCUGUGGUUCAUCUGGCACUUGUCAGGAGGGCAUCUUACUCGAACCGUGACGUCACAGUGGGCAGCGGCUCAGGUUUCAUCGUGUCCGAGGACGGUCUGAUCGUCACCAACGCCCACGUCCUCAACAACAAACAGAGGAUAAAAGUUGAGCUGAAAAACGGGGAAAAGUACGAAGCGAAGGUCAAAGACAUCGACCGGAAAUCAGACAUCGCACUGAUUAAAAUAAAAGCUAACAGUUCCCUCCCAGUCCUGCUGUUGGCUCGCUCGACGGACCUCAGACCCGGGGAGUUCGUGGUGGCUAUCGGAAGCCCAUUUUCUCUGCAAAACACGGUGACCACUGGAAUCGUCAGCACGACUGAGCGCGGAGGCAAGGAGCUGGGUCUGAAAGACUCAGACAUGGAUUACAUUCAGACCGACGCCAUUAUCAACUACGGAAAUUCAGGAGGUCCCCUCGUCAACCUGGACGGUGAAGUCAUUGGUAUUAAUACACUUAAAGUCACAGCGGGUAUAUCGUUUGCGAUCCCUGCAAAGAGAAUUCAACAGUUUCUUGCAGAAUCUUACGACCGGGAACUGAAAGGGAAAAGUUUACCACUGAAGAGAUACAUGGGAGUCCGGAUGUUGAAACUGACACCAAAUCUUUCACGUGAGCUGAAGGCACAUGACAAGCAUUUCCCUGAUGUCUCGGGAGGCGUCUAUAUAUUUGAAGUCAUGUCAGGAUCUCCUGCUCAAAGCGCCGGUUUAAAGGAUCGCGACGUGAUUAUCAGCAUUAACGGCAUUCCGAUCACAUCUUCCGAACAAGUCAGCGAGGCGGUUAAGAACAGCAAUUCCUUGUCGAUUGGCGUCCGCCGUAGCAAUGGGGUCCUGCUGAUUACCGUCGUUCCAGAGAAUCAAGUAAUAAAAGAUGCUGCCUGACCUGCUGAGGGUUCCCAGCGA